AUGUCGAUCUUCGAGUACAAUGGAAGUGCCCUAGUGGCCAUGGUUGGGAAGAAUUGCUUCGCAAUCGCCAGUGAUAGGCGGCUAGGUGUUCAACUUCAGACAAUUGCAACUGAUUUUCAGAAAAUUUACAUGAUUCACGAUAAGCUCUUCAUCGGUCUCUCCGGUCUCGGUACCGAUGCUCAAACUCUUAGGUUUGGUUGUUUUGGAAGGUAUCAAAGGCUUGUGUUCCGGCACAAGCUGUAUCAGCUUCGGGAGGAGAGGGAUAUGAAGCCUGAGACCUUUGCUAGCCUUGUUUCUGCUAUUCUUUACGAGAAAAGGUUGGUGAAAUUGCAUAUACUCAACCUCGAAAUGACUAAUAGUUCGACUACAUUUAUUGGGUUUCCAUUUAUACAACCUAAACUUGUAAUUAUCUGCCACUAUUGUUCAUCUUAUGAAACCAGUUAG